UAACUCGAGCAAAUUUAGUUCAGUUCUUUUAAUUAUUAACAAAGUUAUUUCAACAAUUGUACAAAUAAACACCAAACUGAGAAAAACGCAAAAAACUAACAAAAAGUUGCAAAAAAUUAAAAUUUAUCGCUGUAUGUCACUAAAAUCGACCACAUUUAUAGCCUGAAGUAUGGUGCUGCUGAAUAUAUUCCUUCUGAGCUUUUUCAGCUGCUAGUUUUCUUUUUUUCUGGCGCUGUUUGUUUUACCUAAAGCUGUAGUAAAGCUGGGUCUUCGACUAUGGUUUCCUUCUUUUGACAGCAAUGCCAUAGCAUGCCUGGGCCCAAAAUUGAAUUAUUCUAUCGCAGAAACAGCAGUAUAUUUUGCAUGGUCUCAUGUCUAAAGCCAAUUAUGAUAAGAUGAUGUCUUUGUUUAUUGUGAAAGGCCUUGUUCUGGAUUCUUUUGCAGUUGUAUGCUUACGGUUUACAACAUUUUUAUUACUGCCACACCAUGCUUGAAGCAAACCCUUUACACUUUUUUCAUCAAUAGUAGCCACUACAUCACAGUGGGCGAGGAAAUAUAUUGAUAACAUCAAGAAGCAAAUCACAUUCGACAAUAAUUCUGCAUGGCUGUGGUUUACAAUUAGCACUACCAGUACUAGAUGUAACAGUGCUUUCUUCUGUCUGUAAAAACUGUGUCUUACAUUGCCGCAGUUUCUUAGUAAAUGUGCAUAUUACAUCUGCACCAGUGCUUGUCUGAAUAGUGCUAGAUUGAGUAGAGGUAGCUGCAAUCAGUUGCAUUCGGACGUGCUCUAGCUUUAGUAAAUUAGUUAGAUGUGUGUAUCUAUUUUUAGCGAGUGUUUUGUUCUACCCAUUAUCGAAAGAGAAACAAAUUAAAUCGUCUCUCUGCUUAUGAUAAUUCACACAAACUAGUCUAAACUGUUAAUAGUAUAUGUAAUUGCAAUAAUUAUAUGUUAAAAUAAUGUAAGUAUUUCAUAGAAGCUUAGAGAAACAAAACUAGAUCAAACUUAGCAACGUGCUGAAACUAAGGGAAUGUUUAUUUCCGAAGCGAAACGACCAAUCGCUAACUAGCUUCCGCAGUUGUAUGCCAAUGAAAAAAUUGAGGUCAAAAAUUUGCAUACCGGAAAAACCCGACUGAGUAAAAUAAACAACUUUAUGACGUAGAAAAAUAAUCACAUUAAAAUAGGUAUUUUGAUUGGUCAUUUAAUUUUAGAACAAAUAAAGAAAGGAGGUCACAGCCUUUCCAUUGAUAUGAAACACAUUAGGUUUCCGCGAAGCCUAAUAGUACUUUUCUAGGUCGAAAAAUUGCUAUUUUUACCAAAAAAUUAAACAAAAGACCCUGUACACACUACAUUGAACCCGGUUUUUCAUAAAUAAAUACUGUUUUUAGGGUCAUAACAAUGCCAUUUUUAGAUUCAACGAUGGUUAUUCUGUAUAGAUCAAGUAAAAGUGGGAAAUCGAUGAUUUAGUGGAUUUAUGACGAAAAGUACACCCGCCCAUGUCCUUAAGCUAUAACACAUUUUUCUUCUUCUUCUUUGUUCUUAAUUAUUAGUGUUGAAGGGGAUCGAGAUUUAUCUGCCAGUGGGUUUGAACUUGAGACUUUGUUCGAAUUUAUCAACCAUGAACUUUUUGCCGACUCGACCACGCCUCCAACACAAUUAAGCGUUACGUGUCAACUGGUUAUGCGCCAUUGAGGCCAUUGACUCCGAUUUCAGCCUGCUUUUCUUUUUGGAUUUGCUUCCAUAGCCUUUGUCCAACCAAGAACAAAGUACAAGGCAGCAGUUGUUUAAUUUUGGAGUUGUCUCUCCUAGAAGGGUGGCUGUCCCCAGCUAACGAGCCUUAUCUGCCUGAGGGUUCGAACUCGAGACUUUUCGGUUUAGCAACCAUGGGCUUUACUGACUCUACCACGCCAACCCCUUAUAACACAUUUGAAAACAACAAAUAAUUAGGCAUAAAUAAGCACACAAAGGCCAACUCGCAAUAAUUUCAAGGAUUAACACAAAUUAAAAAACAAAAUAAUAGAUCAUUGUGGUUUAGGGGCUUUUAGAGUCAUAGUAUAAUCAAAAAGCCAGGUGAAAGAUCCAUAAUGAGACUUAAUUAGCCUAAUUACGCUAGCAAAAUAGGUAAAAAAAAAGUGUCUAGUAAAAAGAACACUUACUUAAGCAGUGACAGAGGAUAGCAAUGACGUCCCUCACAAAAAAAUAUUGUUUACGUGACAUGUGGGUGAUUUUUUUUCUCAAAAUGAGUACAGAAUAUUUACAGUUUUAAUUCAGAAACAGAUCAAUCUAAUAAUACCCUACCUAACAGUGCAAGUUUGGAACCUUACAGAUAGAUAUUUUAAGUUUUUAAGCAACUUAAAACUUUACCCAUGUUUAUGUUUGAUAAAUUUUUUUCUGGCAAAAAUAGCUUUGUCAUCUUCAGGUAGCAUAAAAAUACGCUUAAAAUCUGCCAUUUUUCACGUGAUAAUCAUUUUUUAAAAACCAAAUUCUAAGAAAGUCACUUUACUGUUAAGCAAAAUUUUGAAAAAACGUGUCUGGUUUUGGGCCUUCAAACAAAAUAUGUAGGCCUGCUAUAAUUUUUUUUACACGAUCUAUCUAUAGUUGUUUUUUAAGUUGUAAAAGGUCCUUGAAAUUUUUAAAAAACCUUGAAAUGCAGUGUUUGUGAAAAUUGCUGCUGUCACUGCACUCAUCCUAUUUUCUCCUCCCACCACUUGUAAAAAAAAUCAGCUAUUUGCUUUGGGGGGAGGUGGGGCGCUACAUCUCUGACAUUAGUAUUAGCAUAGUUACUUCUGAAAUCUUCUUCUUCAUAAUGAAAUAUACAUGUCAACUGGUUAUGCGCCAUUGAGGCCAUUGACUCAGAUUUCUUCCUGCUUUUCUUUUUGGAUUUGCUUCCAUAGCUUUUGUCCACCCAAGAACAAACUACAAGGCAGAAGUUGUUUGAUUUUGGAGUAGUCUCUCCUAGAAGAGUGGCUGUCCUCUGCUAACGAGCCUCAUCUGCCAGAGUGUUCAAACUCGAGACAUAUCGGUUUAGCAACCAUGAGCUUUACCGACUCGACCAUACCAACCCCACUUCUGAAGUGAUUUCUUAGUAAAAAUGUUUCUGUAAUCCUGCGAUGUUACUUACGAAUUUCCACAAUAUUUUUUUUUAUGUCAUCGCGCAUAUCAAGGUGGGGGACAUUGGUGGUGAAAUGGUGCAACAUAAGGUUUUAGAUUUUGAUGUGGAAAUUAGCCAUAUACCUGGGUAUGUUGUAAAAGCAGGCAUACGACAGUGUACAUUUGUGUUGUACGCCUACCACUUGUUAUAGUUCAGGCCUGCUAAAAAAAAAUUCUUAGAUAUUUCUACACAUUUCUGUAUUACCAACAGUAGAAAAAGUGACCACUGCCACUACAGAGUUGUUUGUAUUGUGGUUUACAUGCAUGGGGGUAGGCCUAGAGAUUGUACUAACAUUUUAAACUAAUUAUGUUGUAUUAUAUAUUGGAUAUAUUUUUUAAUAGACUGAUAAACCUAAUAGUUCUUCAAUCUUCAAUUCAUUUUUCUACUUCCCGGGCUAAUAUUUUAAAAGUUCUAUCAUUUUUAAUGGUACCAACUUUUAAAUAUACCUUCCUUCUUCAAAGCAAAUUUUAAAAUGUUUUUCUGGCAUAUUUUGCCCUGCCACCUAUAGCUUGUUUGUAUACCGUGAAAAACCAACAUUUUUGCUCUUGGUAAACGUUUUAAAAACUAAUUGUAAGAAGGUCACUGGAGCUAAGAUGAAAAAAUCUUUGAAAGUCAUGCAUCUGGUGUGGACAUCAUAUUGAUGUUAGCAACGAUCCACACCUCCAAGUUUAUUUAUAAGAAGCAGCAUGGGAGAGGCAACUGCUGAUUUAGAUUUACAGUCUGAUGAGUUUAAAGAAUUUUCAAAUUCUGAAGAUGUGAAGCCACUUCUAUCUACAGUAUUUUCAUCUUCUUCUGGCAUAAAAACAGAAUUAUCAUUUUUAACUUUCCCUGAUAUCAAACCAAACUUGACAUUUAUAGCUUCACAGGAUGAUAAAACCGUUGUUACGCCAGAUUUUUCAUCUUCUACAGACACAAAGUCAGAAUGUACAUCAUUUUCCUCUUUUGAUGAUGUAAAACACCAUAUGACAUUUCUAACAUCUCAGGAUAAAACAACAGGAUUUUUAAUUUUUAAAGAUAUGGAACCUGCUGUAUCAGCAGUAUGUACAAGAUCUGAAGAUAUAAAACCAGAAUUAGAAACUUUAUCAACCAACACAGAAUUAGAAAUUGUAUCAACUACUGAAGAUAUAAAUCCAGAAUUAGAAAAUAAAUCAACUAGUGAAGAUCUAAAACGAGAAUUAGAAACUUUAUCAACUAGCGAAGAUAUAAUACCAGAAUUAGAAACUUUAUCAACCAACAAAGAUUUAAAACCAGAUUUAUGGACAAAAUUUUUAGAUUCUGAGGACAAACAACAAAAUGGACUUGAAGAAAAGCUAAAACUCCCUGAAGAUGAAACAUAUCUGUCUGUUGAUCCUCAUAAUUGUCAUGAACAGUUUUUUCAAAGAUCUAACUUGAAUAAACAAGCUCAAGUAGGGGAGAGGCCACUUGAAUGUGAUGCUUGCCAUAAAAGGUUUUCAGAUAGUUCUAGGUUAAAUGAACAUAAAAAAGUUCAUUCAGGAGAUAAGCCAUAUGAAUGUGAUGUUUGUCAUAAAAAGUUUUCUAAGAGUUAUUAUUUAUAUAGACACAAAACAGUUCAUUCAGGAGAUAAACCAUUUGAAUGUGUUGUUUGUCAUAAAAGGUUUUCAUAUAGUUCUAGGUUAAAUGAACAUAAAAAAGUUCAUUCAGGAGAUAAGCCAUAUGAAUGUGAUGUUUGUCAUAAAAAGUUUUCUAAGAGUUCUAAUUUAUAUAGACACAAAACAGUUCAUUCAGGAGAUAAACCAUUUGAAUGUGAUGUUUGUCACAAAAGGUUUUCAUAUAGUCCUAUUUUAUAUGAACACAAAAGCGUUCAUUCAGAAGAUAAACCAUAUGAAUGUGAUGUUUGUCAUAAAAAGUUUUCACAUAGUGCUAAUUUAUAUGCACACAAACAAGUUCAUUCAGAAGAUAAACAAUUUGAAUGUGAUGUUUGUCAUAAAAAGUUUUCUCAGAGUUCUAGUUUAUAUAGACACAAAAGAGUUCAUUCAGGAGAUAAACCAUUUGAAUGUGAUGUUUGUCAUAAAAAGUUUUCUAAGAGUUAUUAUUUAUAUAGACACAAAAGAGUUCAUUCAGAAGAUAAACCAUUUGAAUGUGAUGUUUGUCAUAAAAAGUUUUCAUAUAGUGUUAAUUUAUAUACACACAAAAGAGUUCAUUCAGGAGAUAAACCAUUUGAAUGUGAUGUUUGUCAUAAAAAGUUUUCUCAUAGUUCUAAUUUAAGGACACAUAGAAAAGUUCAUACUGGAGAUAAACCAUUUGAAUGUGAUGUUUGUCAUAAAAAGUUUUCAUAUAGUGUUAAUUUAUAUGAACACAAACAAGUUCAUUCAGAAGAUAAACCAUUUGAAUGUGAUGUUUGUCAUAAAAAGUUUUCAUAUAGUGCUAAUUUAUAUGAACACAAACAAGUUCAUUCAGAAGAUAAACCAUUUGAAUGUGAUGUUUGUCAUAAAAAGUUUUCAUAUAGUGUUAAUUUAUAUGAACACAAACAAGUUCAUUCAGAAGAUAAACCAUUUGAAUGUGAUGUUUGUCAUAAAAAGUUUUCAUAUAGUGCUAAUUUAUAUGAACACAAACAAGUUCAUUCAGAAGAUAAACCAUUUGAAUGUGAUGUUUGUCAUAAAAAGUUUUCUUGGAGUACUAGUUUAUAUAAACACAAAAGAGUUCAUUCAGAAGAUAAACUAUUUGAAUGUGAUGUUUGUCAUAAAAAGUUUUCUCGGAGUUCUAGUUUAUAUAGACACAAAAGAGUUCAUUCAGGAGAUAAACCAUUUGAAUGUGAUGUUUGUCAUAAAAAGUUUUCUCAGAGUUCUAGUUUAAAUACACACAAAAAAGUUCAUUCAGAAGAUAAACCAUUUGAAUGUGAUGUUUGUCAUAAAAAGUUUACAUAUAGUUGUAAUUUAUAUACACACAAAAGAGUUCAUUCAGGAGAUAAACCAUUUGAAUGUGAUGUUUGUCAUAAAAAGUUUUCUCAGAGUUCUAGUUUAAAUACACACAAAAAAGUUCAUUUAGAAGAUAAACCAUUUGAAUGUGAUGUUUGUCAUAAAAAGUUUUCUCUGAGUUCUAAUUUAAGGAAACAUAGAAAAGUUCAUACUGGAGAUAAGCCAGAUGAAUGUGUUGAUUGCCAUAAAUAUGUUUCUAAAAUAAAGCGGCUCCCGACAUAUUGGCUCCCGAUAUAAGUGCUCAAGACAAAAUAAAUGCAUUAACUGGGUGUUUACCAAGUUUUAUUUUUAGUGUAAAAUUAAUGUUGUAUUUGUUUAGAUGUUAAUUAGUUUUGCUCAGCUCUAUUAGACUCCUUUGUCACCACGCAAAGGUGCACGGAUUUGAGAGAAUAAUGGUCAAUACCAUCUUACCAUGUAUUAAGAAUUCGAGGGAUGUUUCCUUGAUUAUGAAAACUGGCUAGGUCUUAUUUGUAUCCUUUUGUUUUUUGCUUGUGUAAAAUACAUUUUUGUGAAGUAGGAUGAAGUUAAAUAAAUGCAUUAACUGGGUGUUUA